AUGAAGAACAUCUGGAGUUGGAGCCGCACAUCUGGUCUUGGAGCUCGCCUGCGCCGCUGUGCCCCCCUCUUCCCCGCGCCCCAGUCACUUCCUCCCCCACCCCCGCCCCGGCUCCUCAACACAAACUUUCCGUCCCGCUCGCUCCCUCCUCCGCGCUCGGCGCCUCCCGCUCCAGCCCGGCUCAUUCCGCACAUUCCGGCCAGCCCCCUCCCCACGACCCCCCUUCCCCGGCCCCCCUCGCGGCUCCCUCGGGCCCGGCGGAGCGGCCCGGCCGGAGCGCCCCCGCGAGCUCGGACCAGGCUCAGCCGCCCAGCGGGCUCAGGCCCAGAGCCCAGAGCAACCAGCACAAUAGCGUCCAACAGCUGGAACGCCAGCAGCAGCCCCGGGGAGGCCCGGGAGGAUGGGCCCGAGGGCCUGGACAAGGGGCUGGACAACGAUGCGGAGGGCGUGUGGAGCCCGGACAUCGAGCAGAGCUUCCAGGAGGCCCUGGCCAUUUACCCGCCCUGUGGCCGGCGGAAGAUCAUCCUGUCAGACGAGGGCAAGAUGUACGGCCGAAAUGAGUUGAUUGCACGCUAUAUUAAACUGAGGACGGGGAAGACUCGGACGAGAAAACAGGUGUCCAGCCACAUACAGGUUCUAGCUCGGAAGAAGGUGCGGGAGUACCAGGUUGGCAUCAAGGUAUGUUGGGUGCCUGGCGGGGGCCUUCAGCCCUCCUGGGCCCCUCACCUACGGCGCUGUCUCUGCAUAGCUCAGGCCUUUCCUUGGCCAGCUCUCCAGCCCCACUGUGCCUGUUUUCUGGCUGAAGCUCUGUUCCUGCCUCUCCUUCCGCUCUUUCUGUUCUUUUUCUCUUUCUUUCUCUCUCUACAGGUCUCUAGCCACUUGCAGGUUCUAGCCAGGCGGAAAUCUCGGGAGAUUCAGUCUAAGCUGAAGGUACGGGGCCCCUGCCACCUGGCCUGGCCUGCCCAGCACCCUCCUGGGUGCAGGCCUGUUGCUGCUUUGUGGCUCCAGCUUGGGACAGGCAAGGGGCUGAGAAGCUAUCUGGCUGUCCUGCAGCUGCGGAUCUCAGAGUCUGGGGUUCAUGACUGA